CAAUCUUUGGUCCUGGCAACUUGAGGCUUAAUACACUAUAUAUUUGUGUUCUGUGCUUAAUACGAAGAAGAAGAAGUUUAUGUUAUUGUUGUAUACGAUUUGUGUAGUAUAAUAUUCAAUAUUGCAUUCUUCUUGAUGUUCACCUAUCGCAGACUGUAAGAAGAACAGUUCUAUUUGUUCGAUAAUGAGCUUCUGUUGCCCUAGUCAGAUUACCUUUUCUCACAAUCAAAGCAAAUACGUAUAAAUUAGGUAAUGUUCUCCUACGAUGACCCCCUGUCGGUGAGUGGAGUCCUACGGGCAGUGGUCGAAAACGACCUGAACAAAGUGAAGCAACUGAUUAAAGCUGGGAAAUCUCCGAAUAUCAACGAUAAUCAUGGAAAUACACCUCUACAUGCAGCUGUUAUUAGAAACUUAUCAGAUAUUCUGGAUUAUCUCCUCAAACUAGAUGCCACCGAAGUCAAUGUGCGAAAUUUUUAUGGAGAGACUCCCCUCUUUUUCGCGAUUAAAUAUGAAAACCUUCAUUUAGUUGAGAAGCUUAUUUUGGCAAAUGCUAAUGUAAACCUGUGCAAACAUGAUGAUGUAACUCCGCUUCACAUUGCAGUAAAAUAUCCGGAUGUUGUUCACUUGCUAAUUAAAAACGGUGCUAAUAUAGAUGCUAUAGAUUUUAGUGGAGAGACACCUUUACAUGAAGCAAUCAAUGAAAACUGUCUGGAAACAGUUUGUAUGUUGCUAUAUUAUAAUGCGGAUGCUAAUAUUAAGUGUGAUAAUGAUAUAACUCCGUUUAUGAAAGCCAUUAUUAUUGAGAAUGUGGAAAUGCAAGAUAUUUUAAUAGACUACGUAACAGAUUUUAAUGAGAUCACUAAGGAUGGCAUGACGACUUUGAACUUAGCGUUAACACACCAGUGCCCACAUGUUGAAGAAAUUGUUAAACGAGGAGCUGAUGUGAACCCCCAACAUCCAUCUGUAAAUUCAUUUUCGAUAUGCCUGCAAGCUCGUAACAAAGAAUAUAUGAAGAUAAUUUGGCCUCGUUUUAAAUAUCAGCCACUUUUUAAUGACAUCUCUUAUUUGGAGAGUAUGAUUCUCGAGUCAGAUGAGCAAGUAAUAAAAGAUUUCUUACGAAUUAUCAUUGAUAGUGGCAAUUUAGCACCAAUCUUUAAAUAUUUCGAUUUUAAGUGUUUUUAUCUUUAUUUGUAUGAACGCGUUGAACACAAAGAAACUUGGUUGGAUCUUACAUUUGAGUUACUAUGUUUAUACUUGUGUGAGGGAAAUGUUCUUCGCGGUGAUAUCAUUAGUCAACUUUAUAUGUUAUUUGGGUACAGUGAAUUGUUGCGCAUUUGUCUUCACAUGGAUAUUGAUCAGUAUUACACCGAAGAUUUAAACAUGGGCCUUCUUUUAUCAGAUUUUUCUAGAUCAAUCGAAGAUUUAAAAUCAUUUUUAUUUCGAUCUCAAAUCAUCCACAUACCUAUAAAACAGUUUUUACCGUUUAUAAGAGUUUCCGGUCGCAUUACUAUAUGUGAUAUUGAAGAUUUAGAUUUAAGGGAAGAACUGCAAGGGAUUCCUUCUUUACUGGAAUUGGCUAGAAACGCCACACGUGACUACCUUGUGUCAAAUUUUGAUUUAAAAGUUUCCAAGAAGUACUAUUUGUUUGUACAGAACAUGUCUAUAAAUACUAUUUAUAAAGACAUUUUGACCUUUAAAAAGGCAAUUUAUAAAAAAUAGUGGAGACUAUUUUUGGAGUGGAUAGUUUAAUGGUGGACAGAGUUAUAUAGUCAAACAUCGCAAUCUGGUAGAAAGAUUUAUGACUGCAAAGGCCUCACUACUCUGGAGUGAAAAAUAUCCAGGGGUGUACAUUUGUAAAUUAAAAUCGUAACUUAAA